AUGUCGUUCCUACCCAUCCUCGACUACGGUGUAACACCUGCAGCCACCACACCCAACGGCGAUGGUAACCCUGUAAACAGCAACCCUAACAGCGGUACCGUGAACAAUACGGCAGCGAUUUCCUCUGCUUCUGCCAGCUGUAGUAAUCCACCCUCUCGGGCAAACCCUGGGGGGAAGGGCGCAACAGCGGGCGGGGAAGGCGGACCCGCAAGGGGGGAAGGCGCAAAAACGGAUGGCGCGGAGCAGCCGAAGAAGAAGGCGAUAAAAGCGGGGAGCAGCGGAGCAGGAGGAAAGAAAUCCGCGGGUAAAGCGGCGGCGAAGGGGGAGGAGAAGGCGGAGGGGAAGAAGGCAGGGAAGGGGAAGGCGGGGACGGGGAAAGGGGCGGGGAGGGCGGCGGGAACUGGCGCCUCGUCUUCCGCGGCCGGCGCGGCUGCAGCGGCGCGGGAGAAGGAGGAGCGGAUGAAAGCGGCGAGGGCGCAGGUGGAGGCGCACGCCGCCGCGCUCGAGGCGCAUCGAUCCGCCGUCUUUAAACUGCAGGCGCUGCUGAUUCGCGAGGCUUACUCUAGCGUGACCGAUCGUGGCGCCAGCAGCGGCAGCAGCAGUGGCACAGUCACACAGGAAGCAGGCAAACCGGAAAAAGUCACAUCACCUACUGUCACACCAUCGUUCGACGUGCGAGCCAGCCAGUUAGCAGCGGCGUGCAGAUUGCUCAGCAGAAGCGAGUACGAUGCUGUAGUAGAGGAACGUGCUAUAGGCGGGGUUUGUGGUAACCCGCUUUGCAACCAAGUGUUACAAGCUCGUGCUGUGUGUAUGCGCACGAGUGGUAGUGUAGCUCUGUCAUUGCCUGAGCAUAGGGAGCUGCUCUAUAAAGAUGAUUUGCAGCAGCUGAAGGAGAACUUUUCAACGGGUUCUGGCACAGGGGAAAAUGGGGCAGGAGCAACUGGCGCAGGGGGCGCUGGCGCAGGGGGGAUUGACACAGGGGCUUCUGACCAGGGGAGUGCUGGCUCAGGGGCUACUAGCGCAGGGGCAGAUAAGGUAGCAACAGAGCGGCUGUUUUCGUCUGGAGGCUUUGAGUCUGCAGUGCAUAAUGCGAUUGAAGGGUACGUUCCUCGGCAUGGUAGGAAAGCAGCAGAAGUCGAGGGGCGAACAGCAGAGCUGCGACCAGCUCUGAAGAAAGCAGUGCGUGGGGAGACGGGCGGAGGGGCAGUAGGCAUGCAGAGGGAAGAGGAGAGGCAUGUCACUUGGGCUGCAGAUGACAGGCUGGCAGUGGCACAAGCGGAGGGGGGAAAUGGUAGGGGCGAGGGAGGUGGAGACUCAGAAAGGAUAGGGCAGGAGGAGAAGCGGGGAGAGGGGAGUGCAGCAGGGGAGAGAGGUGGGAAGGAGCGGGGGGGAGUGGGGAAGGGGAAGAAGCAGGGGGCGGUGAGGGAUGGGGCACUCCCCUUUCACUGCACUCUCCUCAUGGCGCUACAAGAGUGGGUCACUGCCGACUCGCUUCGCCUCAUCUACCCGUCACCACCACAACCAGCCCAGCCGCUACAGCAAUCACAGCAACCAGCACCGCAGCAGCCAGCACAACCAGCAGCACUGCAGCAACCACCAUGUGUGACUGCAAGCCUGGAAGCAAACGGUUGGGAGUACCCUACUCUCCUGGGGUCCGUAAAUGAUCCUGCCAGAGCAGCUGAGAUCCGAAGGACUCUGGGUGAAGGGCUUGGGAGGGAGACGGCAGGCGUGGUGGAGGAGUUGGGGCUGCUGCUGCCACUGUCAACCGUGGAACAUGCACUGACUCGUCUGCUUGCGACCUUUGCCUUCCGCUCGCCCCUCCCCUCUCUCCGCCGGCCCCACUGGCAACUGCUGCUGCUGCUACUGCUCGAGGCCCUAUCGGUCAACUGCCUGCCCGCAGCUGCUGCUAGUGCACUCAACUCACACCGCCAUCAAGUAUACAAGGUGGCAGCAGCAGCAGGUGUGGACAGGGACAACUACCUCUUGCUCAGGCAGAUGCUGCUUCCCAGAGGGCCUUCAGUUAGCAACCCGAACCAACACACAAACGCUGCUGCUUAG